CUCCAAGGCACCGCACCAUGUUGCUUCUUGACAAGUCUGGCAAAGAUCCACAAUGGAAAUGCUGAUCUUGGCCCUGAGAGACCGGCUUCGACCUUCUGUUUUCAAUCUGUUAUCUCUACUAGAAAUAACUAGCUAGCAGUAGGGAUGUGCAUGAAAUGUAGGGAUGUGCAUGAAAUGCUAUUCGGAUGCCAAAUCGCAGCACAUCCCAUUAACAUGGAGACAUUACACAUCCCAUUUAACACGGGGAGCAGAUCCAUACCUAUCGCUCACUGCUUCUUUCUUAAAUGCUGCCCCCACCCCCCAGCUAUUAUUGCAUGCUGACGUCGCACAAAGGGGAUUUGCCUUUGGAUUUUCCUAGUGGACCAGCACAGCCACCUACAAAUUUUGCAUGCAGGAGACUUGCAGCUGCUGCCACUUUUUCAUCUGAGCGCUACUGAAAAAGAAGGAGAAGAGCGCCAUCCAAAGCUAAGAGAUAAAGGAGGAGGUUCAGUCCAGUAAGAAAGUUCCUAGGUCAUCUGGUGUUUUGCUGAAUAAUUAGCAACAUCUGCCUUAUAUUUUUGGUCACAUGUUUGCAGAUUGUUUAUGGUAAUGAACUGGCCCCAGGAUGAUUUCAGGCUUUUGAAAAAGAUUGUUGACAUUGUCAUUGGAAAGGAUGAGAAAGGAAGAAAGAUUCCAGAAUAUCUGAUCCAUUUUAAUGGUUGGAACAGAAGCUGGGAUAGAUGGGCAGCUGAAGAUCAUGUUCUUCGUGACACUGAUGAAAACCGCAGAUUACAACGUAAAUUGGCAAGGAAAGCUGUAGCUCGCAUGCCAAAUGGCCUUGCUCAAAUUUUCUUUAGGAGAAGAAAAGGAAAGAAAGGGCGUUGCAGAUUGCCUGGUGUUGACUCUGUAUUGAAGAGCCUUCCUGCUGAAGAGAAUGAUGAGAGCAGUGAACACUCAAUAAGUAGUUCUUCUUCUGAUGACAGUGAUGAAGGAACAGAUGAAGAAAUAAAGAGUGAAGAAAGUGACAUUGAUGAGAAGACAGAAAUGAAAGAAGAGCAAGAGACGCAUACUAAAAGGGACAUGGAAGAAAGAGCAAUAAACAUUGAGAUUCCUGAAAUUUUGAAAAAGAAGCUUGAAGAAGAUUGUUACUAUAUCAACAGGAGAAAGCGGCUGGUGAAACUGCCAUGUCAGACAAAUAUAAUAACCAUCCUGGAGUCAUACGUGAAGCAUUUUGCAAUUAAUGCUGCUUUUUCAGCCAAUGAAAGAUCACGGCACCAUCAGAUGACUUCACACACCAACCUGAAUCUGCAUUAUGUCCCUCCAGAAAAGAAUGUUGAAUUAUGUAAAGAAAUGGUGGAUGGGCUAAGAAUAACAUUUGACUUCACUCUUCCAUUGAUUCUGCUCUAUCCCUAUGAGCAAGCACAAUUUAAGAAGGUGACUUCAUCCAAAUUUUUUCUUCCAAUCAAAGAAAGUGUAGCAAGCACUAACAGAAAUCAAGAAGAGUUGUCCCCAAGUCCUCCUCUUCUGAAUCCAUCAACUCCACAAUCCACAGAUAGUCAGCCUGCAACAGGAGAACCUGCAACACCUAAACGCCGAAAAACUGAACCUGAAAUAUUGCAGUCUCUAAGGCGUUCCACUCGUCAUACAUCCAACUGUGACAGAUUGUCAGAAAGCAGUGCUUCUCCACAGCCAAAAAGACGGAAUAUUGAAACUCCAGCAUCAAUGCCAAAAUUGUUUUUGCAUCUUGAAAAAAAAACCCCUGUUCACAGUGGAUCAUCUUCACCAAUUACAUUGACACCUAGCAAAGAGGGCAGUGCAGUAUUUGCUGGUUUUGAAGGCAGAAGAAACAAUGAAUUAAAUGAGGUGUUAUCCUGGAAACUCAUGCCAGAGACCUAUCCUCCAGGAGACCAGCCACCACCACCUUCUUACAUUUAUGGAUCUCAGCAUUUGCUACGCAUGUUUGUAAAGCUUCCAGAGAUACUUGGGAAGAUGAGCUUUCCUGACAAAAACCUAAAGGCAUUGGUAAAGCACUUUGAAUUGUUUCUAAGGUUUUUAGCAGAAUACCAUGAUGACUUCUUCCCAGAGUCAGCUUAUGUAGCUGCCUGUGAGGCUUACUAUAGCACAAAGAAUCCACGUGCCAUCUACUGAAGUUAUUAAUGUAAUCAACUGUACAUACUCCGUGACUGCUACUGUUACAACACUACUUCAGGAUGAGAGAAAAUUGAAAUGUAUCUUUAUUCUAACAUCACAAAGGGAGUUUCUCUAACAUUGUCAUUCUCUUGACAUAAGUGAAUUUCAUUUCAUUUCAGAGCUUUGCUGACAUUGCAUUCUAGCGCUAGAUGACCUUCACUGCUAGAUAAAUGAAGCUCUGCAUUGACUGGUAAUGCAUAGAACUGCAUACAAAUCAAGUAAGGAAAAGCAAUAGAUGCAAUAGAAACAGACUUCACGAGAACUAACCAUGCUGUGUUCCACUUUAACAUAAGUUUGCUUCAGCCUGAACUCUCAGAACGUUGCCUUUGUGCUUAAGGGGAAUCCAGAAGUGGCAUUGCACAAGUAUUUCCACAUUUGGAAUUCAUACUUCAUUUACAUGAAGCUUUUACGACAAAAAUUAGACUUGAUGGAAGAAAGAAGAUGCAACUGCUGUGCUAGCAUGAUCUCGACCUCAAGAUCUACUUUGGUUGGGGGAAAAGACCAGAUUGCUUUUUCGAAAUUCAUUUGCCUCUCCCCAUUGUAGGAAUGUUGGCAGGGCCUGAAUAGCUUGGUUUUGGACUAAUUUGUCUCAUACAUGAUUUGAAUUGCUUUCAUAAACAAUUGCUGAAGAACAGGGUGUACUUGCUAGUUUAGGGAAUGAAGAAUGCCAAAGUGACAACAAUCACUUUGGCAACAGUUCUGAAAUGAACAGUGGCUGCUAAAUGAACCUGUGAUAUGGGCUGUUCAGUUUGAGAAGCAGAUUGGGCGUUAUUUCAUUUAAAUUAGGAAUGUAUGUGCUCCUAUCUACAUAAAGAUCUGAACAUACUUUUGCCUACAGUUGUUUUGGAUGACUUCAGUCAGAUGGUGACUGAAGUGUGCAAAUGAACCACUUACAAAGCAAACUUCACCUAAGAGUCAAACUUAUAAACAUGCCAACAAAAAUCAAUUUAAAGUGAGUUUUUUUAAAUAGGGAAAGCAAGUAGAUGAGCCUGAAGGUUCACACUAACCCAGGUACAUCCUAAUCCUAUGGCAAUUCUGCUUGAUAAGCCCCAUUAAUCUUACCAGGGCUUUUUACUUGUGAAUUCAGGCCACCACCACUACACCACCCCCCAAUUCACAGGGAAACACGUUAACCCAGAGUACUUCAUUGCCCAGAAAUUUAUUUCCCUUGUAGUAGUAAUUUCAGACAUCAAAAUGUAUUCUGGUAACUAAACUUGCACCCUCAAACACAAGCAUUAGGAUAGCUGACUUGUGUGAACGAAUCCUCUAAACAGGGAUCCUCAACGUUGGGCCCCCAGAUGUUAUUGGACUUCAACUCCCAUAAUCCCCAACCAAAGGCCACUGGGGCUUGGGAUUAUGGGAGUUGAAGUCCACUAACAUCUGGGGGCCCAACAUUGAGGAUCUCUGCCUUACAGUAAUAGUACCCCAUCAUCUUAAGUUGGAAAUCAGGGUAUGAGCUUAAUAAGUUAACUUUUAGAAGAUUUGGAAACAGGCUUCUUCAGACUCUGGGUGCUUUUCAUAUAUUGUACAGGCCAGUCAUCUGGCUUGUGAGGUUUUGCAAUCCUAUGGAGGUGGACAUACUCAUGUGAAUGCCCAUGGAGUUCUAUCAGUGGCCUGACUACUGUAAAAAGCAGCCUGUGCAAUUGUGUUGCUAUGUAAACAGGCCCUCAAAUUUGUGGAUUGUUGCUAUUUGGGUGCGAGAUUUUGGUAUAAUCUUAUCUGAUUGGAUUUUCUUGAACAUAGGUCCUAGAACCCUCAACUGUAUUUUGGUCUUUGGAUUUGAAGCUUCUUAAUAAACAAGCAUUUGUUAGCCUUAGUGUAAAUAUUUGUUUGUACAAAAUAGUUAAAUGUGUUAAUAUUACAGGAUACUGAUGAAAUUUAACCUUUAAUUUCUUUAUUGUGUUUCAGCACACAGUGUGUCAAAUAUACUAUGUUGUAUCCUAUCAAUGCAUAGAAAUAAAAAGGAAGACUCAUAGCUGAAUAUAA